AUGUCCAUCCCUCCUCUCCAGGUGUCGGUGGUGGACAACUGGCCCUUCUUUGGGUUACGUAAGGGAGUUGGUGGACGAGUGGAGGCUGACGCUGGAAUUGACGUCAGCAUCCUCAACACCCUGAGUCAGACCCUUAACUUUACGUACGAGGUGGUGCUGGAGGAGGGUGGCCAGUGGGGAGGACCGCAGGCUGACGGGACAGUGACUGGAAUGAUUGGAAUGGUGGCUCGGGGGGAAGCACACUUGGCUAUUAAUGAAAUUACCAUCACAGGCGCCAGAGAGACAGUGGUGGACUUCACACGGCCUUACUUCAUGGAGUCCUCCGCCUGCACCUCACCUGCACCCAAGGAGAGGAGCCGCGCCUUUGCCGUGCUGUCCCCAUUUACCCUCCAGGUUUGGGUGAGCGUCGGGGUGAGUGUGAUGGCAGUUGGCUUAGUGCUAUGGGUGGUGAGCGCUCUGACUUGCCACUUCCACGAGAAACCCACAGUCACUCCCUUGCACGACCUGACUUUCAACAUGUACCGCAGCCUGGUGGUACAGAGCAACCGUCUGCCCGCCCUUCUGUGGCCGCUGCGCCUCGUGUUUGCCGGCUGGUACCUCUACUGCUUCUACGUGAGCGCUCUGUACUCAGGCACCCUCACCGCCGUGCUGGCCCUCCCUGUCUACGAGAAACCCAUUGACUCCCUCGCUGAUCUCCUCGAGGCGUCCAAACAAGGCUUCUACCCAGUGACCAUCAAAGAAAUUAGCAUCGACUUCCUCUUUCAAAAAGCCACUUCAGGGGUAUAUCACCAGAUCGGACGCCUGAUGACGACUGACAAACAUUACGUGGACUCUCCUUCAAAUGGCAUCGCUAGAGUGUUGCAAGGACCGGCCGUCUACAUCGAUGCAAGACUUAGCAUGGAAAUUCAAAUGAUAGUCCAAGGCAAGGACAACUUUUACCUGGGCCGGCAGAGUUUCUUUCCUCAAACAUACGGCAUCGCUUGCAUGAAGGGAGCUGAUUACAGGAGGCACUUUGAUCGAGUCCUGGAGCGCCUUGUUCAGUCUGGGCUUGUGGAGAAAUACAAGAGGGACGAGUUUCUUAAGCUGGGCGGCAGAAUAACAGGCGUGGGAGGCAAGAGGCGAGGACAGACCAGCGCUAUAACCAUCACACAUUUACAGGGCGCUUUCUUCCUCUACGUGAUCGGCGUGACUUUGGCCCUGGCGGUGUUGGUGAUGGAGAAAAUACUAUGGCAGCGGUUCCUGAAGUGAUGAAGUGGAGCGGAGAAAAGGAGGAACGUGCUUCAAACGAAAUGAGAAAACGAACACAAAAGAGACGAAAGUGAAUGGAAAUGCAUAAAAA